UGUCACCAAGAUUAUCGGAUCCAUCCAUGCGUUAUCUAAUGUUGGCACAUCAUCGCAUGUGGCACGCCCCUCGAGACGAGACACAAUCCGAUGACGUCCCUAUGAUUGUUCCCCCCUCCUCUCGUGUUUCAUCGUCGUUGACAGAUCUCGCAGGCAAGGCAUUAGAUAAAUAGGUACAGACAGUCGUUUCCCUUUCAAAUUCCCAUUUCCCAAUUCUCUGGACGACGAAGAAAGUUAACCCGCCAUGGGCCAAUUGGACUACUCCCGAUCCACCUCCUCCUCUCCGCCCACCGCCAAUGGCCGCCUGGCGGUGCUCACUGCUCAUUUGUCUCCCGCUACCGCAGAGCAGCCACCUUCCCAUUUCGGUACCGUCGAGCGAUUCUCCGUCUUGUCUAAUACUGACCUCCCAACCCACCUUAAGGGCACACUGAACAUCGUCGACGAGAGGACGGGGAAGGCGUAUAGAACAUCCGUCUCGGAGCAUGGCACCAUCAACGCCUCCGAUCUCAAGAAGAUAUCAGCGGGAAAGAAUGACAAGGGAAUUAAGUUGUAUGACCCAGGCUACCUAAAUACUGCUCCUGUGCGGUCUGCUAUUUCUUAUAUUGAUGGGGAUGAAGGUAUCCUUAGAUACAGAGGCUACCCGAUCGAGGAGUUGGCUGAAAAAAGCACAUUUGUGGAAGUGGCUUACCUCAUAAGUCUUCGCUUUUCGGGCUCACAUAUGAUAAACCUUCGCCCGCUUUUCGGGCUCACAUAUUCUCCAACUUGUUGUUGUUGUUGUUUAUCAAUUGAAAGUCAACCUGUUUCUGCAGUGUAUGGGAACUUGCCAUCUCAAAGUCAAUUGGCAGACUGGGAAUUUGCCAUUUCACAACAUUCAGCUGUGCCACAGGGUAUUUUGGAUAUUAUACAGGCAAUGCCUCAUGAUGCACAUCCUAUGGGAGUCCUCGUCAGUGCUAUCAGUGCUCUCUCCAUUUUCCAUCCUGAUGCUAACCCAGCUCUUAGGGGGCAAGAUCUUUACAAGUCGAAGCAAUUGAGAGACAAACAAAUUGCUCGCAUUCUUGGGAAGGUGCCAACUAUUGCGGCAGCAGCAUAUCUGAGGUUGGCGGGCCGGCCUCCUGUUCUCCCUUCCAGCACCCUGUCUUAUGCUGAGAACUUCCUCUAUAUGCUGGACUCAUUGGGCAAUAGGGCUUAUAAGCCCAAUCCUCGAUUGGCUCGAGUGCUGGAUAUACUUUUCAUUCUGCAUGCAGAACAUGAAAUGAAUUGCUCUACCUCUGCUGCGCGGCAUCUAGCCUCAAGUGGUGUUGAUGUAUACACUGCGCUUGCUGGAGCUGUUGGAGCAUUAUAUGGUCCUCUGCAUGGUGGGGCAAAUGAGGCUGUGCUAAAGAUGCUGAGUGAGAUUGGAACAGUUGAAAAUAUCCCAGAUUUCAUUGAGGGUGUGAAAAAUAGGAAGCGCAAGAUGUCAGGUUUUGGUCAUCGUGUAUACAAAAACUAUGAUCCAAGAGCCAAGGUGAUUAAGCAACUAGCGGACGAAGUGUUUUCCAUUGUUGGGCGUGAUCCUCUCAUUGAGGUGGCGGUGGCUUUGGAGAAGGCCGCACUCUCUGAUGAGUACUUUGUUAAGAGAAAGCUGUAUCCGAAUGUUGAUUUCUACUCGGGUUUGAUAUACAGGGCUAUGGGAUUCCCUACUGAGUUCUUUCCUGUUCUAUUUGCAAUCCCUCGGAUGGCUGGUUACUUAGCACACUGGCGAGAGUCUCUGGAUGAUCCAGACACAAAGAUAAUGAGACCACAACAGGCUAGUUCUUGAGAGUCACAUGUCCUUAUGGCCAACUGUGAUUGCGCAGGAGUGUUUUAUCAAAUUAAAAAUGUAUAUUGUUCCUUUCUGUUCUGAUGCAGGUCUAUGUCGGGGAAUGGCUGCGACGCUAUGCACCAGUAAAUGAGCGAAUUUCGUCUCCAGAAAUAGACAGGCUAGGGCAGGUGUCUGUUUCUAAUGCAUCAAGGCGACGAUUGGCUGGGUCUAGUCUGUAGUUCACUCAGACUAUCAUUGUCUGAUACGGAAAUGGUAAACACAGGGGAAUGAAUAAUAACAUGAAAGAGUCGUCGGCGAUGAAUAAAAAGGGGUUGCAGUCUCCAACAGUGUUUGGCCAUCUUCAUCUGCAGCCUGGAGUCAUUUAUGCAUGGGCUUGGGAGUGUACUCUUCAUUUCCAGAAGCAAAAGUAGCCUAUAUGAAAUGCCCUCUCUAUUUUCCUUUAUCAACGCAUCAUACCAAACUAGAUUAGGUCUCAUAAAAGUGAAAAGUAAACAAUUUUAAGUGUCCUGUAUCAAUAAUAUUGAGAAAGUUGAACAAUUUUGUUGUCCAUAAUUGUCUCAGUAGUAUACAGAGAAGAAUGCGAUUUUUUUAAUUAUGACUAUAAUUAUUUGAACUUUCUGUUUAAGAUACAAUGAAUAUUACCAUAAUGAUUU